GGCUCUUCCAGGCAGGCUCGGCUCUCCUCUCGGCUCUUCUCUUCCUCUCGGGUGAAGACAAGCGGCGUCUCUCCUCCCUCUCGCGCCCCCUUCUGUGCCACUCCCCCUUCUGCGCCUCCUCCUCUUGCGUUGCCGCCUCCCAUUUCCAGAAUGGGAGUGAAACAAAAAAAAAAAUUGGGACUUUUUGGAAUUGCCGCGGGACGCAGAACAAAUUAUUAAAAAGCGGGACUGUCCCACCAAAAGCGGGACGUCUGGUCACUAUAGCCAAAAUGGAGGCUGGAGGCUGAUUGGAAAAAGGGUCCAUUUAUUGAUGAAGCAGUUUGUAGUGAUGGCAAUUCAGGCAACCCACACCAUAACAACAACAACAACAACAGCAAAAGGCCACACCUCCAAGGUAUAAAUAGAACCUUCCCUUAGCAGGAGCUUCUGGUGAAGCUCUGGAGGACUUUGCAACCAUGAAAACUCUGCUCGUCGCCUUUCUGGUGGCUAUCAUUUGCACAGAGAAAGUUUAUUCCCUCUCCUGCUAUUACUGUGAAAAUGAGCCUUCCAACUGGAACUGUAUGUCAAUGAAGAAGUGCGCGGAAACAGACAAACACUGUAGUACCAUUAAAACGGUUACCCGUGGCAGAUCCGGUGAGCCCGAUGACUACCGGAUCAGCAAGCGAUGUGCUCCAACUUGUGAAGAAAACUUCGUAACCACAGGAUCAUCAUCCAUCGCUACGAAGUGCUGCCAAUUUUCCCUCUGUAACAUCAGUGGGGCCGCCAGCGUGAAACUGAGCAAUAUGGUGCUGGUUUUGGGAAUCCUGGGCAGUUUCUUCUACAUCUUCCAGUCUAGAUAAGGAAUUGCUCGUAAUUCUUACAAUAAAGAGAGACUAGCAAAUUUCAUCCAGACUCCUGAAGCAUCUCAGAGGCUCUCCUCCUGAACCUAGGAUCAAAACUAGAUAAGACCUUCGUAUUAAGUAUUAUUAUUAUUUAGUGUGCACUUGUAUCUAAGUCUAGCGUAAACCUUUUUUUGCCUCACCAUAAUAAUCCUGGGAAGCUUUAUAGUGAGAGCAUUUAUUAAAGAUUGUCAAGCCCUCAGGCAGCUGGCGGAAUUAGCAUCCUCCUUCCUCUUGACACACAAUAACAUUAUUUUGCAAAACUGGCUUAAUUAAAAAUUAGUUCGGUGCACCCAAAGGGCAUCAUUAACCACGUUUUCUUCUUGGUAAUGUUUUCUUACCCCAAACUUUUUGAGAUGAGUUAAUGACGAUUCUAUCCACCUGGUAUGGAAACGGCACAACUAGGGGAGUUUAGGGAAAAGCCACCCCUAGGUGAAUUGGAUGACAAUUAACCCUGGUCAGCAGCAACAGGAUUGCAAGCUUGGAUGUGAGAGGAUAUGGUUGUGGCUGAGAGGUGGCUUUCAGCAGGUUCUGACAAGUUCUGGAGAACCGGUAGCGGAAAUUUUGAGUAGUUCGGAGAAUUGGUAGUAAAAAUUUUGACCGCCCCCGAACCCAUCUAUUCUCUGCCUCCCGAGUCCCAGCUGGUGGGGAGGAAAUGGGGAUUUUGCAGUGACCUUUCCCUGGAUUGGGGAGGGAAUGGAGAUUUUACAGUAUCCUUGCCCUGCCACGCCCAUCAAGCCAUGCCACACCCACCAAGCCAGAACCUGUAGUAAAAAAUUUUGAAACCUACCACUGUUGUGGCUAUUUAGAAGGCCACCGUGUGCUGUGACCUUGUGGGAAGUUUUAAUGAAAUGAUAUUUGAUGCCGACAUGAAGCUCCUAAUAAAUAACUGGAUUUCUUUUGAA